GCCUGUUUCAGUGUGAAGAGGACGCGGUCGCAGUGACGUCUGUUGUUUGAUAACUUUUGAGCUGCGCCUUGCUGAACUGAGAGGUAAAGGAUUCACUUUGGGGACAACGAAGUAAUCUUCUAGGACGAAGCAAGCUAAACAGGAAAGGAAAUGUAGCCUGGCAAUUUGUUUGCACUUACUAGGGUUAGGCUUCUGAACUUCUGCUCUAACAUGGAGUAUGGGAAAGAACGAGUGGUGGCCCUUGUGGAUAUGGAUUGCUUCUACGUUCAGGUAGAACAGAGGUUUAAUCCGGAGUUGAAGAAUAAACCCUGUGUAGUAGCACAGUACAAAACAUGGAAAGGAGGAGGUAUUAUAGCUGUUAGCUAUGAGGCUCGAGCUUUUGGUGUCACAAGAAAUAUGUGGGCAGAUGAGGCCAAAAAACUCUGUCCAGACCUUCAUGUUUUCAGAGUCCAAGAAGCCCAUGGAAAAGCUGAUCUUACCAGGUACAGAGAGGCCAGUGUGGAGGUCAUUGAAGUUAUGUCUCGGUUUGCAGUGAUAGAACGAGCUAGCAUUGAUGAGGCUUACAUGGAUUUGACAAGUUCGGUGGCGCAAAGACUGAAAGAAUCAACAGAGGAAAUGCUUCAUCCUGAUCGUCUACAAAGCACUUAUGUGGAAGGAUUCCCAAAGAAUGAUGACGAGAUGCUGAUUGAAAAAGAAGAGAAGCGAUUGUGUGGAUUGAAGGAGUGGCUACAGUGCUUAUCCUGUAACCCUAGUUGUCCUGAACUUCAGCUUAUGGUAGGAGCAACAAUUGUUGAAGAGAUGAGAGCGGCUGUUGAAGCAGAAACUGGUUUCAGAUGCUCAGCUGGGAUUUCCCAUAAUAAGGUUUUGUCUAAGCUGGCUUGUGGUUUGAACAAACCAAACCGACAGACAAUUUUACCACUAGCAUCUGUGCCCAGUCUUUUCAGCAACUUACCAAUCAGUAAAAUUCGCCUCCUUGGGGGAAAGCUGGGAGCUUCCAUCAGUGAGAGUUUAGGAAUCGAGAACAUAGGUCAGCUUACUGAAUUCACCGUGUCACAGCUGCAGAGCCACUUUGGAGAAAAGACUGGGCAGUGGUUGUAUGAGUUGUGCAGAGGAAUAGACUUCGAGCCUGUGAAGCCAAGGCAGUUGCCAAAGUCCAUUGGUUGCAGUAAGAAUUUUCCAGGAAAAACUGCCUUGGCAAGCCAGGAACAGGUGCAGCACUGGCUGCUGCAGUUGGCAUUAGAACUGGAAGAAAGGUUAACGAAAGACAGGGAAAUGAAUAAUCGGGUGGCUAAACUGCUGACUGUAGGUGUGCGGCUUCAAGGAGACAAGCGAGCAAGCAGCUUUUCCCGCUGCUGUGGGUUAUCUCGCUAUGAGGCUCAGAAGAUUGCUCAUGACAGCUUUGCCUUAAUUAAAAGCCUUAACAAUGCUGGAAACCAUCAGUCUGCUUGGUCUCCUGCACUUACUUUGCUUCAUCUGUCAGCCAGUAAGUUCACAGAGCGUCCAACCUCACUGACCUCUGGAAUUACCAGUUUCUUAAAGACUGAAGUAAUGCCCACGCCAUGUGUUACAGAUAACAGUCUGAUUCCCUCGGCCUCUAGCCCAAACAAAGCAAAUUCUGUAAAAAAACCUUUGACUGGCAUAGAAUUAUUUUUCAAGAGAGCAUCAGAAAAGCAGGAAGAUGAAACAUUGGGAUGCCCACUGUAUCCUAAUAAUACAAAAAUGUGUUCAUCAGAAGGCUCAGAAACUUUAUUUUUAAAACAUUCACAAGUAAAACAAAACACUGGGGAUUUCUUUUUUAAUAACAGAAGAAUUAAUUCAUCAAGUAUGUUCAUGGAAAAUGCUACAGGUACUCUAGAGCUGACCAGUCAGAAGACCCAUCGUUGUGGUUCAGAAUCUAAACAGGAGGAGGAUUCAGGUUCUUCUGAUAAACAAAUUCUGAAGGGCUGUAAAAGCACAAUUGCCUCCAAAGAUGUUGCAGUUUCUUGUGAGAAUAAGGACAAAGAGGCAGGUGAGCCCAACAGUAUUGCAGUAGAAGACUUGGUAAAGUGUGAGAAAUGUGGUAAGGAUAUACUGGUUUGGGAAAUGCCUGAACAUGCAGAUUAUCACUUUGCUGUUGAACUCCAGAGCUCAUUUUCUUCCCCUAGUGCACGUCCACACAGUGAACAGCCCCAGGCUACCAAUGUCCCUUCCCGAGGAAAAAGUAAAAACAAGGGUUCACCUGGGCCCAGUCCUAAGAGAAGUAAGUCACGUAUCAGCAAUCAAACGCUGGACUUCUUUUUCAAGAAAAAAUCUGUGACCAAUGGCCUGCAAGAUGGGACAGAGUAGCAGUUUGUGGCUGGCUUUGUAUCUGCUGAAGUACAAAUCAAGUUUCUGAAUUUUAAUCCCAUUUAUAGCCUCUCUUUACAGUACAUAAAAGCUGUUAAAUUAAAAAAAAAGCAAGCUUAUGUUCAUAUUUAAGAUAUGCGAUCAUGUUAAUCUCGGUGAGUGCAUGUGGAGUAUGCAGUUGUUUCUAUUUUACAAUAAUGUACUGGUGUACUACUUUUUAAGUAUUUGGAGAAGCAAAUCCGCCAUGGAUACAAGUCGGUGUUUUGCCUGUAGAUGGAGGUGUUGGACAAGUUGAAGAUCCUGAGAGGUGAGCUGGUUGUUUCUUCAGGCUAGUAGACCUUUCCUGUGAUGUUUGAGAAUUGAUAGUUUACUGUAUUUGUUGUUUUAUUUUUUUAAAGCUUUACAUGUACUUUUGACAGAAAACUUCUCAAUCUGAAAUAUUUUCACAGCAAGGUGUUUUAAUGUCUGAACAGCUAAUAAGGUCUUGAAUGUUUUGUUCUGUAAUAUAAAUAUUUUACAUCAGGAAGUAUAUUGUGUCCUGCGGCAGGUUGGCACCCUGCCCGGGAUUGGUUCCUGCCUUGUGCCCUGUGUUGGCUGGGAUUGGUUCCAGCAGACCCCUGUGACCCUGUGUUCGGAUUCAGUGGGUUGGACAAUGGAUGGAAGUAUAUUGUAGUUGCACAAUAUAUUAAAUAAUAAAGCUGAAUAAGAUCAUUUUCAACAUUAUCACAGUGUAUGAGAAGCCUAAGGAGUAUUUCUUUUUAUGUUGUUUAAUAAUGCAAGACAUAA